AUGUCGCUAAUCAGACAGCUCCGCGGACUCGCCUUGACGGCGCCUUGGCUGGUGUACUUGCUGCUGGCAGACGUAGCGCUGUCGCUGAUGCUGCCGCUCAAGGCGCUGGCCCCUGGGCUCGUCUACGACCUGUCGUCUCGCAUCGCCGGCUCGGUGUGGCGGUGGAUUCAGCUCAUCUUCGAAUACGCCAACGGGGCCCAGAUCGAGUGCUCUGGUGACGACAUCCCGGCGGGCGAAUCUGCCGUUGUCGUCUCCAACCACCUGGCCUGGGCCGACUUUUAUAUGAUCCAGGCCCUGGCGAUACGCAAGGGCAUGCUGGGCCGCUGCCGCUACUUUGCCAAGCGCCAGCUUCGGCUCGUGCCCUUCCUAGGCUGGGGCCUCUGGGCCAUGGGCAUGCCGAUGGUGAGCCGGAGCUGGCUCAAGGACAAGUCGGAGCUCGAUCGUGCCUUUGCCGGGCUGGUCUCCAUGAGGCUUCCGACCUGGCUCAUUAGCUUCAGCGAGGCCACCCGCUUCAGCCAGCGGAAAUACCAAGAGUCGCAGGCAUGGUGCAAGAAGACCGAUCGGCCCCAUCCCAUGCAUCUCCUGUAUCCCCGCACCAAGGGCUUCAUCGCCACGGUCCAGCACCUCCGCAGGGCACCGCAUAUCAGGGCUGUGUACGACCUGACCAUCUUUUACCGUCGAGGCAAUGAGUUCCAAGAGGCCCCGACAAUGUGGGACACGCUGAGCGUUCCGAGACUGAGCGAGGGGGCCGGCUUCCAAUUUCAUGUACACGCUCGCCGGUUUCCCAUUGAGAGCCUGCCGCAGACUGACGCUGAGUUGGCCAGCUGGCUGGAGCAGCGGUGGAUUGAAAAGGGGGAGUGGCUUGAAGCGCAGAGACAGAAGUGCCUCGCCAGUUGA